AUGAAGGUAGCCACAGCGGUUUCUACCUCCUUCCGUCUCGCUUAUGCACGGACAAGUAGUAGUCCAGCGACGCUGACUUUUCGCGUUUCUCUAGCUACCGAACCCAUUUACGUGGAUUCCGUUGUUGCUGAUAACGUACAAGGUGCUGUCUGCAUGGCCCUCGAUGUUGUUAGAGUGGUGAAGGAGCGACUGGGUAAAGAGCACAACAACUCUCAAUACACCACAUCUGGCUCGAUUGGAGCAUAA